UUUCAGCCAGCCUGAGCUACAGAGAAUCAAUAAAGUUAUCGAUUAAGAUGAAGCAAAAAGGAAGGGAAAUUAUUUGUAAUGGGAGUGCCUUGGAAAAUGUUUUCAAGAACUGAAGAAGAACUGAAGAACUGACGCUUGAGGUCUCACUUUUGAGAAAGAGCGAGCGAGAAAGAGAGAGAGAUAUAGAGAACACUGAUGUGUAGAGAGCAGGAACUGGGAGUAAAAGUAGGGUGGAAUUCACACGGAAUAUUCAGCUGUACAUUUCGUUGGAUAUAUGUUUUCAUAAUAAUUAUUGCGACGUGGACAAUAUUUCCCAUGUUUCAGAUGUGAUCGUGUUUUCAUCACAUCACUGCCCCCGGUGUCCAGUGAGUGACAAGUACAGUGGAUAUUAUUUAACUACGCCCGAACAGCCUUCAGCCUUCACUUUCGAGGUUUUGGAGUCGAUCAAUUAAUUUAAUUAGAAAAUACAUUCUCAACAUGGCUACGGAUCAAGAAAAUAAUAAACAGAUUUUGUUAAAGCUGUUGGAGAGACCAGGGAACGGGAGCUGUGUGGAUUGCGGAGCUGCAGACCCGGAGUGGGCGUCCUACACCCUGGGUGUGUUUGUGUGUCAGAGCUGCUCGGGUCUCCAUAGAAACAUCUCCCAGAUCAGCAAAGUCAAGUCUGUCCUGCUGGACCCAUGGAGUGAUGCAGAGGUAGAGUUUAUGGCGUCCAACGGCAACGAUGCUGCUAAAGCCAAAUAUGAACAGAAGGUGCCUGUUUUCUACUACCGUCCCACACACACAGACUGCCAGCUCCUUCGGGAACAGUGGAUCAGAGCCAGAUACGAGAGGAAGGAGUUUGUGUGUGUGGAGAGACAGGAGCCUUACUCUGCAGGGUACCGAGAGGGGUUUCUAUGGAAACGGGGCCGAGAUAACGGACAGUUCCUGAGCCGAAAAUGUAUUCUGUCAGAGCGGGAUGGUGCUCUGAAGUACUUCAACAAGCAUGAUGCCAGAGAGCCCAAGGCUCUGAUGAAGAUCCACACCCUGAACGCCUCCUUCCAGCCUGGGAAGAUAGGCCAGCCCCACGGCCUGCAGGUCACCUAUCUGAAGGACAACAGCACUAGGAACAUCUUUGUCUACCACAAGGAUGGCAAGGAAAUGGUGGACUGGUUCAACGCCAUCAGAGCAGCCAGAUUUCACUACCUACAGGUCGCUUUCCCUGGGGCCCACCACGCUGAUUUGGUGCCAAAGCUAACACGAAACUACAUCAAGGAAGGCUACAUGGAGAAGACGGGUCCAAAGCACACAGAGGGCUUCAAGAAGAGAUGGUUCACUAUGGAUGACAGGAGACUCAUGUACUUCAAGGGUCCUCUGGAUGCCUAUGCGCGCGGUGAGGUGUUCAUUGGUAGUAAGGAGAACAGCUACACUGUGCUCCCCGGACUUCCCCCAUCCACCCAGGGCUACCACUGGCAGUUUGGCAUCACCAUAGUAACACCCGACAGGAAGUUCCUGUUUACGUGCGAGACCGAGGAGGAGCAGCAGGAUUGGAUGGCUGCCUUUCAGGGUUUGGUGAAUCGACCUAUGCUGCCCCAGGAAUAUGCAGUGGAGGCCAACUUUAAGCACAAGCCCUGAGAAGAGGAGGACAAUAAGGAAAAAGAGGAAGGCUGGACAUAUCCUCUGGAUGAAGACAGACAAAUAGGAUCCUUCUCCUCCUCAUAAGGAGAAAAAUAUAUAUACAAUUAAGGAUAAACCACACAGAGCAGUAAAAGAGGAGGGAGAGAGGACUACAGAGUGUGGUGUUACUGUCCUGUUGCCAUACUCCUCGACUCCGCCUUACCCCAAAUCCUGCCCAUAUAUAAGGAACAAAAAUAUAAACGCAACAGGCAACAAUUUCAACGAUUUUACAGAGAUCAUUAGUCAAUUGAAAUAAAUAAAUUAGGCCCUAAUCUAUGGAUUUCAUGACUGGGCAGGGGCGCAGCCAUGGGAGGCCUGGGAGGGCACAGGCCCACCCACUUGGGAGCCCAGCCAAUCAGAAUUUGUUUUUCCCCACAAAAGGGCUUUAUUACAGACAGAAAUACUCCUCCAUUUCAUCACCCGCAGGUGAAAAAGACGGAUGUGGAGGUCCUGGGCUGGCGUGGUUGUGAGGCUGGUUGGACAUACUGGCAAAUUCUCUAAAACAACGUUGGAGAUGGCUUAUGGUAGAGAAAUGAACAUUCAAUUCACUGGCAACAGCUCUGGUGGACGUUCCUGCAGUUAACAUGCCAAUUGCAUGGUCCCUUAAAACUUGAGAGAUCUGUGCCAUUGUGUUGUGUGAGAAAAGUGCACAUUUUAGAUUGGCCUUUUAUUGUCCCCAGCACAAGGUGCCCCUGUGUAAUGAUCAUGCUGUUUAACCAUCUUCUUUAUAUCCCACACCUGUCAGGUGGAUGGAUUAUCUUGGCAAAGGAGAAAUGCUCACUAACAGGGAUGUUAACAAAUGUGUGCACAAAAUUGGAGAGAAAUAAGCUUUCUGUUCAUAUGGAACAUUUCUGGGAUCUUUUAUUUCAGCUCAUGAAACAUGGGACCAUAUUGCAUUUAUAUUUUUGUUCAGUAUAGUUGGAAAGAGAGCCCAGAAUUAUGUUGACCUCCUUAACUCAUAGGAAGUCCCACCAAGUUGACUACAUACCCUUUGUCACGUUCCUGACCUAUUUAUGUUAGUUUGUUAUGUGUGUUAGUUGGUCAGGACGUGAGGUUGGGUGGGCAUUCUAUGUUUUCUGUUUCUGUGUUGGUUUUGGGUUGCCUGGUAUGGCUCUUAAUUAGAGGCAGGUGUUUGGCGUUCCUCUAAUUAAGAGUCAUAUUUAGGUAGGCGUUGUCACAGUGUUCGUUGUGGGUGAUUGUCUUCCGUGUCUGUGUAAUUGUUUGCACCAUACGGGACUGUUACGGUUUGUUCGGUUUGUGUAGUCUAAUUGUCCUAUUCGUGCGUUCUUCUUGUUUUGAUGUAAGUUCGUCGUAUAGGUCUGUCUACACCGUUUUGUUGUUUUGUUAGUUUAUACAAGUUCGUGUCUAUGUUAAACGUUUGUAGCCUGUGUGUGCACAUCGUUUAUUUAGGUUCACGAUCGUUUUCUUGUUUUGUUAAAUAAAUAUGUGUUCAAACUUCA